AUGUGCACAUCCAGGCUCUUCACCCUCGUCCUGGUGGUGCAGCCGCCCCGCGUCCUCCUGGGCAUGAAGAAACGCGGGUUUGGAGCCGGGCUGUGGAACGGCUUCGGGGGGAAGGUGCAGCCGGGGGAGAGCAUCGAGGAGGCUGCUCGCAGGGAGCUCCUAGAGGAGAGUGGACUGACUGUGGACACCUUGCAGAAGAUGGGUCAAAUCACGUUUGAAUUUGUAGGCAACUCAGAACUCAUGGAAGUUCACAUUUUCCGAGCAGAUCAUUUUCAUGGAGAGCCAACAGAAAGUGAUGAAAUGCGUCCACAGUGGUUUCAGCUGGAUGAGGUGCCAUUCAAUCACAUGUGGGCCGACGAUAUCUAUUGGUUUCCCCUGCUGCUUCAGAAAAAGUUGUUUCGUGGCUAUUUUAAGUUCCAGGGACAAGACACUAUCCUGGAGCACACCCUGAAAGAAGUGGAGGAAGUUUAAGAAAUCGGAAGCAUUCAACCCACAUGCUGCUGCCCACAUUGGGUUAGAACGCCAUGAGUACUACUUAGAAGCGUCUCCUUUCUCAACUCUCCAGCAAAGGAGACUUAUUUGCCAGGUCACUGGGAAGUAGGGAAAAUAAGGGGGUUUCUUAGAGCAGAAACAGAAGUAAUGAGAUUUUUCCAUGCUGUGAAGUCCCUGGCUGUGGUAUACUUUAGUGGUUACGUGAUUGCAACUAUUAAAAACUUAGUAUUAACCCUUUUCUUUGCAGGUGGCUAAUUUUUAGGCUUUUCCCUUGUGGCUGGAAAUGUUUUU